GUUUCACGGUGAAUGGAUGCCACAGCUGAUUUAAUGAAGAAGAAACGUUGCAGUUGCAAGUUGCAGUAACUUGUUCUCCUCACAAAAAAUGAAUAGGUGCCCGCGAUGCAGCUGCGAGGCCACUGGAGAGAAUCGUUUGGUAACCGAAAGCUGCGGCCACCUUAAAUGCCGGCUCUGUCUGGUUGCGGAUGUGUCGGAUUGCCUGGAGUGCAAAGUGGCCAAGCAGAAGUCAGCUCCAGAACAGGCGGAUGCGACGCAAAGAACGUCCUUGGACCAGAAGAUCCUAGUCACUGAUCAUGGUUAUCAUUGCACGGUGUGUAAGAAAGACUUCCGAAGUCGAACUCACCAAUAUUACCACUUAUCCUGUGGCGAUGAUCUUCUCAAGAAGUUUAGCUGCAAAGAGUGCAGUCGGCGCUUCGCCACCCGUUCACACUUAAAGUACCACAUGAACAACCAUGAGCAGUCAUCGAAACACAGUUGUCAUAUUUGCGGGAUGAAAUUCCAGCAACUCGUUGUCUUGCAACGCCACUUGCGCACCCACAACCAGGAGCGCUACGAGUGCCAGCAGUGCCUGAAGGUGUUUCGCAGUGAGAGCUCUCUGAAAUCUCACUUGGUAACGCACAGCGAUCUUGGAUUGCCCUUCAAGUGCGAUGUCUGCUCGAAAUCCUUCCAAACCAAGGCCAACUUGAAGCAGCAUUCAAGGAAGCACGACCAAAAAAGUACCCGUCACAAGUGCAAAGAUUGCCAGAAGUCGUUCCUCCGCAAGACCACACUUCGUUUGCAUAUGAAACGACACUUGGCGCGCGAGCGUCAAUCCUGUCCGCUAUGCGACAAGAGCUACAAUGAUACGGAUGCCCUGGCGAGGCAUGUAAAACAGCAUAAGACUGGCGAAAGGUAUCGAUGCAAACAGUGCGACAUAACAGUGAGUCGGAAGGACAACAUGCUCCGCCACCUUCGCUCGAUGCACCCCGGCACCACUUUUGAAAGCAAUGUGGAAAUAUUAACUAAUAAUGCCGUUGCGGAGGAAAUCACACUACCUGCCCAAAACCUUAGAUACAAUAGCGUGAUUAAGAGCGUGGGAAAUGUUGAGCCCGUGGCGGUUCAUCUUCCCCAACCUAUGACCCUGGAACAGAAUAUCCCUGCGCAAACUCCCUUGCCACUGCCAGAUACCAUGCCUAAAGAGAAUGUGCAGCUGUAUCGUAAAAUAAUCCUGGAUUUGGAUAACGAGGAGUAUUCAAACGAGCUGAGCUUGGACGAAUCGGACGCUGCACAAAAUGUGCAAGAUUCGCCAUUGCACCACCGACAGCCCAGGGAUGCUAAUUUUAGUGAAAUGCACUGGCGAAAGAAUUUCAAAUGCUUUUACGAAAAUGAGCACACCAACUGAUAAACUGGUUAUG